AACUCUAUACCAGUCCUUCUUACACUGGUGAUUCUACUUUUUUCUUGGUUGUUUUUAUGGGAUUCAUGCUAGUGAUGAGAUUUCUGGUUCUUUCUAUAGAGCUGGUUUGUUUGACUCCAUUCACUCAAGAGAGUGAGUUUUUGGCUCCUAAAGAGCUCUUUGUUUAGUACUGCAUUGAUUUAGAAUAAAUUGGACAGUAUCUUGUAAUGUGACUAAUUUUAGUUUCUCCAAUAUUUUUCAACUUUGAACAUAUAAAGUAAUUGUGAGUGCCAAUCAUUUCAUUUACCAUCACUUAUCUCUCUGUGUAUGAUGGCUUAUGACUGUGGGUAAGGAACAAAGGAGUCAGCAUAGUGAAAGCUAAUGAGUCCAAUACAUGACAGGCUAUGGUCUGCUACAGGACAAGCAUCACUGACAAGUAUCAUAUGGCUGAGAAGACCAAAAAUCUGCUGCUUUAAUCAAAUAUGGCAACUCUGAUGAUGCCUUUUGAUCUGGGUAUCUGUGUCAUGGUUAACAAAAUAAAUGUGAACAUCUUAGAACUUUACUUUAUUUAAAAAAAGCUAAUGGCUCAUGCAAAUUUCUCUCAAAAGGGAGCCAGCUCCUAUCUUUCAUUUGAAAAACCCUGCUCUAUGAGCUGGAUUGUUCACAAAUGACUCGUCACUAAUUCACAUGAAUUUGAGGCUUAUUUCCAUCAGAAAUACCAAUUUUUCCUAUUCCCUCCCCUCCCUUGACCCACUGGCAGAAAGGACUGGAAAAUAAGAUUUCUAACAAAAAUGAGGCCUAAAUUAAAUUAAUGAUAAAAACAACCCAGAAAAAAAGUAAAAUCAUUAACGAUACAUUAAGCCUAACUUAACUAACCUAACCUAACCUAACCAAACCAAACCAAACCAAACCAAACCAAAUCUAACUUAACUUCAUUAACUUAACCUUAUCUAAUAUAACCUUAACCUAAUCUAACCCAACCAACCUAACCUAACCUAGUAAUGUGCAUACCUUAUUAGUUUUCAUUGUUGCUGGAAUUGUCAGCUGAAGGUAAGGGAACUAUGGCUGGCAUAACCCAUGAUUUCUUAGACAUUUUAAUGAAGACACGUUAUCCUUGUAGGAUACCUUGAUUAUAUCAUGGAUAGUAUAAUUAUAUUAUGUGGAGUAGGAACGCACCUCACACAGAGUUUGGCCAUCGUAUAACUGAUAUUUCAAAUCUGCCUCCACAUAGGGUGGCAUUUGUGCAUGUGCAGCAUGAGAGGCAAUCACAUAUGAUUGGGUACCAAAAAAUAAAUAAAAUGUGAUUGGAGCAUUCAUUAUUAGUGUUGAAGAAGGCCAGUAGGUGGCAGCAGUGUUGACUGUGAAGAGAUGCAAGCUAAACAGGUCUGCCAUGACAGCUCUUCUGUGUGGGCCAAAUAAUAAUUGAAAAAUUCCUUGCUUGAAAACUAUUAGCUUGCAACGGAAAGACUAUAGAAUAAGUGUCUUACAAAAGUCUCAAUUAUCAUAAGAACCAGUCAAAAAAGCCAGGCUGAGUUCAUCAUUUCCCUUGCUGAAGCCAACAAACGCCUUGACAAAUUCAAGAAAGCACUUGAAGAAAAUGGAGGAGACCAGUUUGCGGAUUCGUUUGUGGAGAGCCUGUGGCGGCUGAUCCAGCACAUGAUGCCAUCUCUGACAUCUUCCUCCACUAUAAGUAUUAAAGAAGAUGAUAAACCUAAAACAGAAAAGGAUAAAAAAAGAGAAAUGUUGCCUUUUCUAGCUUUGCCUAAUGAUCCCAAGGUCAUUCAUAUGUUGGAUGAUGAACUCAAACCUCCAGUCAAAGUUAAAGAAGAGAUAAGUCAAAAAAGUAAAAUCAAAGAAAAAGAAAGGGAGGAUGAAUGGAAUAGUCAUAAAUGGAAGAAAAAUGAGAAGGAACUUGAAAAGGCUGAACUGAAGAGGGAAAAAAUCACAAAGAAGGAGUCUGAAACAGAGAUGGAUGAUCUGAUGGCCUUUUUAGAGUCUCAUGCUCCAUCAAAGCAGACAGAAAAGGCAAGCAAUCAGGCCAAGGAGAGAAAAAGGAGGCUGAGUCGCAGUCACAGCAGAGAGCGCAGGAGAUCCAGGAGCCCCAGGAAACACAAGAGGAAGAGGGAACGAAGUCACAGCCAUGGAAGGGAAAGACGAAGAAGCCACAGCAGAGAAAGACGAAGCCGCAGCAACAGUAGGGAGAGAAGAGAUGAUGGCUAUGAGAAGAGGCAUGGUAGAGAGAAGCAUGGGAACAGAAAGGAUCGACACAGGAGGGACAGAAGUCGAUCACUCAGCAAGGACGGCCACAGAAGUAGAAGUCAAGUUAGAAAUAGUCACAGCACAAGCAGUAGAGACAUGUUUAUCAGCCGUCCUCCAGAUGAAAAUCCAGUUGUGGGAAAGGUUUAUGAAGGGAAGGUAACAAACAUCUUAAACUUUGGAUGCUUUGUUCAGCUGGAAGGGCUGCGGAGGAGGCUGGAAGGCCUUGUGCAUAUUUCACAGCUGCGGAGAGAAGGACGUGUCACUAAUGUAUCAGAUGUAGUUGUUCGGGGACAAAAAGUGAAGGUGAAGGUGCUGUCAUUCACAGGACAAAAGACUUCCCUCUCAAUGAAGGAUGUCAAUCAGGAGACAGGAGAAGACCUCAACCCCAAUGUAGCACCUGUAGGGAUUAGCAACAUGGAGGAAGACUCUAUGAGAAAUCCAGACAGGCCUAUGUCUCUCAUGGAACUAACUAAAGGUACUGAUGAAGAAGAUCUUGCAACAUACAAGAGAGUCAACCGAAUCUCCUCUCCUGAACGCUGGGAGUUGAAGCAGAUGAUGGCAGCAAACUGUAUCAGCAAGUCAGAAAUGCCUGACUUUGAUGAGGAGCAGGGAGUGAUGGGUGGUGAAGAUGAUGACGAAGAAGAUGUGGAGAUUGAGCUGGUAGAAGAAGAGCCUGCAUUUUUGCGAGGUUAUGGCAGAGUGAGGGAAGAACUGAGUCCAGUCAGGAUAAUGAAAAAUCCUGAUGGGUCCUUAGCUCAAGCAGCUAUGAUGCAGAGUGCCCUAGCUAAAGAAAGAAGAGAAGUCAAGAUGGCCCAGAGGGAAAGUGAAAUGGAUUCUCAACCUUCAAAUCUUGGGCAAAACUGGAAUGAUCCUCUUCCUGAGAUCCAACGCAGUGAUUCUGCUAUGUCCCGGGGCUUGACAUCUCAGCAGCAAGAAGUACCUGAAUGGAAGAGACACAUCACAGGUGGAACCAGAGGAUCAUAUGGAAAGAAAACAAAUAUGACUAUAUUGGAGCAGCGGCAAAGCCUACCCAUUUAUAAACUAAGAGAUGAACUAAUUAAAGCCAUAGAUGGUAAUCAGAUUCUCAUUGUUGUAGGAGAAACUGGCUCAGGAAAAACCACUCAGAUUACCCAGUAUUUGGCUGAGGCAGGAUUCACUGCCAAGGGCAAAAUAGGCUGUACUCAGCCUAGGCGAGUGGCUGCCAUGUCAGUUGCAAAAAGAGUCUCUGAAGAAUUUGGUUGUCGACUUGGUCAAGAAGUUGGUUACACCAUCCGUUUUGAGGACUGCACCAGCUCAGAGACAGUUAUAAAAUAUAUGACAGAUGGUAUGUUGUUGAGAGAGUGCCUCAUUGACCCAGACAUGUCAAGCUAUGCUUGCAUCAUGCUGGAUGAAGCUCAUGAAAGGACUAUUCAUACUGAUGUAUUGUUUGGUCUUCUGAAACAGGCAGUAGCCAAGAGACCAGAACUAAAACUGAUUGUUACUUCAGCUACUUUGGAUGCUGUAAAAUUUUCUGAAUACUUCAACCAGGCCCCAAUCUUCACUAUACCUGGACGAACAUUUCCUGUUGAGAUUCUGUACACACGAGAGCCAGAAACAGACUACCUAGAUGCAGCCCUCAUCACUGUCAUGCAGAUCCACCUGUCUGAACCACCUGGAGAUAUUUUAGUUUUUCUCACAGGCCAAGAGGAGAUUGACACUGCUUGUGAGCUGCUGUAUGAACGAAUGAAAGCACUUGGAAGUGAUGUGCCUGAGCUUAUAAUCCUGCCUGUCUAUUCAGCUCUCCCUUCAGAGAUGCAAACCAGGAUCUUUGAGCCUGCACCUCCAGGAUCCAGGAAGGUAGUGAUUGCUACAAACAUUGCUGAGACAUCCCUCACCAUUGACGGCAUUUAUUAUGUUGUGGAUCCAGGAUUUGUGAAGCAGAAAGUUUACAAUCCCAAGACAGGAAUGGAUUCGCUGAUGGUGACACCAGUGUCUCAGGCAGGAGCUAAACAGCGAGCAGGUCGUGCAGGACGCACUGGGCCAGGCAAGACAUACCGGCUCUAUACUGAGAGGGCUUACAGAGAUGAGAUGUUACCCACAAGUGUACCAGACAUCCAAAGAACUAACUUAGCAUCAACAGUUCUACAGCUGAAGGCAAUGGGAAUUAAUGAUCUUCUGGGUUUUGACUUUAUGGACCCUCCACCCACAGAUGCCAUGGUUAUGGCUCUAGAAACACUUCACUCUCUCAGUGCCCUGGAUGAUGAAGGACUGCUAACUCGACUGGGGAGACGAAUGGCUGAGUUUCCCCUUGAGCCCAACCUUGCCAAAAUGUUGAUCAUGUCUGUUCACUUACAGUGCUCAGAUGAGAUCCUUACCAUUGUCUCCAUGCUGUCUGUACAAAAUGUAUUCUACAGGCCAAAGGAGAAACAAGCUCUAGCUGACCAGAAGAAAGCAAAGUUCAAUCAGGCAGAAGGGGAUCACCUCACUCUACUGGCUGUUUACAAUUCUUGGAAGAACAACAAGUUUUCAAAUGCUUGGUGCUAUGAAAAUUUUGUCCAAAUGCGAACAUUGAAGAGGGCACAGGACGUGAGGAAGCAGCUAUUGGGCAUUAUGGACAGACACAAGUUGGAUGUAGUAACAUGUGGCAAGAAUGUUGCUCGUGCACAGAAGACUAUCUGUUCAGGAUUCUUCAGAAAUGCUGCCAAGAAGGAUCCACAGGAAGGUUACCGGACUCUGGUUGAUUCACAGGUGGUCUACAUUCACCCAUCAUCAGCUCUUUUCAAUCGACAACCUGAAUG